UAUCCAGUUUGUGAUGAUACCCUCCGCGGGUCUAUCGCGACAGAGAAGAAGUAAUCAUCAUCUUCGAUCGCAUCUGCCCGGCUGUAUCCGACCUGAUUGUGCUCCUUGUUACUUGGUUCAAAACAGCCAGACUCGCCAUAGAAGUGCGCAAUUUACGGUUCAGAGGAUCGAUUGCGACGGUGCUGAUGAGAGACGGUGAGUAUGUGUGGAUCUUAUACAUGCGAUGCCUUACAAACAGCCCAUUCAAGGGCCCUUUUGCUUCUCAACAUCCUCGAGAUCGUGAUCGCACUCCGCUACGAGAAUUCACAGAAUGGCGGAAACUACGUCUCAAUUUUCCUUCCACCAAUCUCAUCAAUCCUGGUGUCGCGGUUCAUCCUCAACCUACGCCAGGUGUCCCUCGGCAGCGUGGACUUGAAUACGAUUUCUCACAGUGCCCUGAACACGCCGGACAUCCCCUCUCGCCUGGUUGGCAACUUUGGCGCCGAGCUCCAGCACAUGUCUCUUGUUUUUGAGGAUGUCGAGGAUAACGCUGAGGAUGAGCAGAAUAUCAGUGGGGACUGUGAGGCCUACGAGUUGACGCAGGUACAAUAGUCAUCGUACAAGCUAUGCGAUCGUUUUGAAUAGUGCCGGCUCUGACUGUAACCCGCGUUUGCUCCUUGACAUAAUUUUCCGACCGCGAUUGACG